CACAGGACGCUUUGUUGCUUUUUACAGAUCCAGACUAACAGGGCUACCCCUCCGAUACUUAAUAUCUUUUUGUAGUGCCAAUCACUGCAAAUCAAAUAACUAAGUUUAUUGUAAAUUAUCUGUUGUGUGAAGUUGGAGGGUAAGUUUUUUUCAGGGAAGGAGAUGUGAGGAAAACAAAAACAUAAUGGGUCCAACAUUCAGAAGUCUAGAGAACUAUAUUCUUGCCGUGGUGGUGCAAAGGAGUUUUCUCUGCAUGAGGGAAGCCAUGCCAUUUUUGGGCCAAGACUGGAGAUCUCCAGGGUGGAGAUGGAUUAAAACAGAAGAUGGUUGGAAAAGAUGUGAGUCCUUCAGUCCAGAACUUGAGGAUGAGAACAGCCAGCUCAACAACAACAUCAGUCAUGCUGUCAUCUUAACUGAUGAUGAAGAAGAAGAAAUAUACAGAACUGAAGAUUGUGAAUUUGCAGCCAAGAAAAGGAAAAAAGAACAUUUUUGGAAUAGCACAAAAUCACAAUGUUUUUAUAGUGAAAAAUGGAUCUAUGUUCACAAAGAAAGCACCAGAGAAAGACAUGGCUAUUGCACAUUGGGAGAAGCUUUUAAUCGCUUAGAUUUUUCAAGUGCAAUUCAGGACAUCAGAAGGUUCAAUUAUGUGGUCAAAUUGUUGCAGUUAAUUGCAAAAUCUCAGCUAACCUCAUUGAGUGGUGCAGCACAGAAGAACUACUUUAAUAUUUUGGACAAAAUUGUACGAAAGGUUUUGGAAGACCAACACAAUCCACGCUUAAUCAAAGAUCUUCUUCAGGAUCUGAGUUCUACUCUCUGUAUACUAAUUAGGGGAGUAGGGAAAUCUGUGUUGGUGGGGAACAUCAAUAUUUGGAUUUGCCGAUUAGAAACUAUCCUUACAUGGCAACAACAGCUAAAAAAUCUUCAGAUGAACAAGCAAGUCAACAAUGGUCUCACGCUCAGUGAUCUCCCUCUGCAUAUGCUGAAUAACAUUUUAUACAGGUUCUCAGAUGGCUGGGACAUUAUUAUGCUAGGUCAAGUGACCCCAACACUGUACAUGCUCAGUGAAGACAGGCAGUUGUGGAAAAAACUUUGCCAGUACCAUUUUGCAGAAAAACAGUUCUGUAGGCAUUUGAUCCUGUCAGAAAAAGGUCACAUUGACUGGAAGCUGAUGUACUUUGCACUUCAGAAAUGUUAUCCAAUAAAGGAACAAUAUGGGGACACAUUACAGUUUUGUCGACAUUGUAGUAUUCUGUUUUGGAAGGACUACCACCUUGCUUUGUUACUCAAGGAUACAGGGCAUCCCUGCACAGCCAAUGAUCCAGACACCUGUUUCAUGCCAGUUUCUCCGCAGCACUUCAUUGAUCUCUUCAAAUUUUAAAAGGUGCAAUAGCCUUGUUUUUGUUUUUAUUUUUGGUCCUCUUUAUGAAGAAUCAUGCAGUAUGUAUUAUGCUUUGUGUGCAAUAUCUUUUUAAAUGUAAUUCAUAGUAAAAAGUGAUGUCUAGGAGGGAGGGGGGAAAUUGGAGAGGUGUAUUCCAAAUGCUAUUUGUGUGCAGAAAUGAACUGAAGAGGAAUGAAUAUUUCCAAAGAAGACACAUUCUGUAGAGAUGUCUACAACAGGCUCUUUUGACUCCAAGAAAGAGUACAUCUUUAGUCCUGCCUUUAAAUCCAUUUUGUACUGAUUUAACAUUUCAUUAAGGCUAUUGAGACUUAGGGGAGAGAGGAGUUGGAAGGGCUAUUCUUGGAGUGACCAAAAGCAAUUUGUCUUAAUCCUUCACUCUUUUUAUGCCACCAUUUUCCAAGUACUAACUUACAAUUUGCACAUUUAUAAAUAUUCAUCUGAUUCCUUUUUGGACUCCUUCAUAAAUAUCAAGUCAAUUACCAAGUUGGCGUUAAUCAUUGUGAGUUUGUGUGUGAAUAAAAUAGAGUUGUGAUUUAUCUGUUGUUGAACCUGUUAUGAAGGAAACCAACCUCUGUACAUACAUUAUGCAGAAUAUUUAUUUUUCUUAAAAGGUAUUUUAUUAACCACAUCAAACCUGUUUAAAGACUUCCUAAAUACUAUGGGAGGCUGUUCAGUGGCUGCUGAAGAAUGAUGGGUUUUUCCAAUGGUAACCAGAGUCUUUCAUUUUAACUUAAGUUUAAACUGUUGCAGAAGGACUUCUAGAAAGAACACAUUACUAAGCUUUAAUGCAGAAAAUGAGUACAUUGGUGGUAUUACAUUGUUCUAGUAAGUGAGGCUCUGAGCUGAAAAUUCUUUGCACUAAAAGGCAGCUUGUUGAUCUGGAGCACCUUCUGCUGAUUAACCCCAUAGUGACAUGAAUUCUGCAAGAAGCUAUCUUCUUAUACUUAGUAAAUUACAGAGGAGGGGAUGGGGUGCUGUCCAGAGAUAGGAAAAAAUAAUAAAGUUCACAAAGUUUUUUGGAGAGAUCAUUUACCAACUGUGUAAUGUAAAGACAAAAUUCAAAACAUAUUAUAUAUCACACUGCUUGUUUUGAAUCUAGUUUUGUACACAAUGUAAUAAAUCAUGUUUUACCUAUUA